AUGGCUCCUAAAAUUGUGUUUUUUAUCAUACUUUGUUUAUUAGUCUCCAUGUGUGAAAUGAGAAAGAAGAUCAUGGAUUAUCCCACGGAGAAACAGCUAGAGCUGCAAAGGAAAGAAACCACUCCUGUCGAUUUCACACGAUUGGUGGCUAUGCGGCUAUUGUAUGGUUUCGCCAAAGUGAUGGGUUUCGAUGAACCAGUCAGUGAAAUACUGAACGGUGCUUUUGUUCCACCUGGUGCUGAUGAUGACGACGAUUUUGGUGAUGAUGAGGAAGAGGAGGGUGGAAUAUUUGAUGACUAUUAG